ACAAGAGAAGAGAAGGCCGUGAAAGUUGCGGCCUCAGCCUUCUCGUAACUCUUGUUAUGAUCAGCAAGGGACUCAAGCUUGGGAGCUUGGAUUUUAAAUAUUUGAAUUUUAAAAAUUAUGAAUGAAGAUGGCGAUGAUAGGGAUUCAAUUUGUGAUUCACCGACUGAACUGGUUGAAGGAUGCCGGCUGCCUGUUCGUAUGGGUGGAACACAAGAUUGGCCUCUUGCUGAAAUUGUGAGCAUACGAGGAUCUACAGCUUCAGAUUUGUCAUUUUAUGUACACUAUGUUGAUUUCAACAAACGACUUGAUGAAUGGGUCAGUGUCGAAAGAUUGGACACUCGGAAAGUACAAUACCCUCGAAGAGAUGGCCAGCCAGGAACUGGAGUCAAUACUCCAAAAAAGACAACCAUUCUUGGAUCAAACAGUAUUGGCCCGUCAUCAAGGCCAACAUCUCCAAUCAGUGAUCCACUCACCAAUGGAGGUGGGGCUGCUCUGGCUGCAGCCCUUCACAAAAAAAUAAACCGUAAACGGAAAGGAACUACUGAAAAUGAUGUCCCUUUAACUCCAACUCCAGUUCCAAUUCCAACUCCGCCUGUGGAGGAGGAAAGACUCCCAGCAACACCAACCAACCACAAAAUUCAAAAGAUUCAGCCCCAGACACCAGAACCCUCAGCUGAUGGAACUCAACAACCAAGGCUGACUGGUAGUAUGGUUGCCCAUAAUGAUGAUGUAGUAACCCGAAUGAAAAAUGUACAAAUGAUUGAGCUUGGCAUACAUAGAAUUCGUCCAUGGUAUUUUUCACCUUAUCCUCAGGAACUUGUUAACUUAACAUGCAUCUACAUAUGUGAAUUUUGUCUCAAGUACAGAAAAAGUCGGAAAUGUUUGGAAAGACAUCUUGCAAAAUGCAAUGUUCGUCACCCUCCUGGGAAUGAAAUCUAUAGAAAAAAUACCAUAUCCUUUUUUGAAAUUGAUGGGAGGAAAAAUAAAGCGUAUGCUCAGAACCUUUGUCUUUUGGCAAAGUUAUUUCUAGAUCACAAGACCCUCUAUUAUGACACAGACCCUUUUCUCUUCUAUGUGAUGACGGAUCUGGAUAGUAGAGGAUUCCAUAUUGUUGGUUAUUUUAGCAAAGAGAAGGAAUCAACAGAAGACUACAACGUUGCUUGUAUACUUACCAUGCCUCCUUAUCAGAGGAAAGGAUAUGGAAAAUUGCUCAUAGAAUUUAGUUAUGAAUUAUCCAAAUUUGAAGGUAAAACUGGAUCACCAGAAAAGCCUCUAUCAGAUUUGGGACUGUUGUCUUAUCGGUCGUACUGGGCCAAUACAAUAUUGGACAUCUUAAUUUCAAUAAAGCCAACUGGAGACAACGAAAAACCACAAAUUACAAUCAAUGAAAUUUGUGAACUGACCAGCAUAAAAAAAGAAGACGUCAUUUCGACCCUCCAAAAUUUGAACCUAAUCAAUUAUUACAAAGGCCAAUAUAUAAUAACAUUAACGGAGGAUAUGGUACAGCAGCAUAAAUCUGCAAUGGACAAAAGAAAAAUCAGAAUUGACCCCAAAUGUUUACAUUGGACUCCUAAAGACUGGUCUAAGCGUUCUAAAUGAAAUCUAAGGGCCUACAUUUAUAUACACAGCCUAGUCAAGUCUUGGACCUACCUAGGAAAUGUGUGGUGAUAAAAUCAGUUGUACAUAUAGACUCCACAGCAGGAACUGGAGCAACUUAGGACAGAUGUCCUGUGGCAAUUUUAUAAUGAAUUUUAAAAAGUGUGUGAAAUCCCCAAGCGUAAUUUGUGAAAUGAAGUUGUAAAUUUGAAAUUGGUUAAGAAACUACUGUUCCCAAGACAGGAAGGAGCAUGAGUGCUUUUGACCUUAUUCAAUGUGAUAUUUAUGUUGUGACUGAUCAAUUUUUGUGUGGUAACUGAGCUGUUACUCACAUGGAAGUUGCUCCUCAUUGUACAUACUGGACAGAAUAAAUAAUUUGUGCAAGUAAUAA